AUGAGCGGGAGGAACCGAUUGACCAAAACUGUACCACCGCCGUCGCCGAUUCCGACGGGAAGAGGAUCCCGCUCCGCCUCCAACGAGCCCUUCGACCAAUUCCUCGACGGCUCGCUCCAUGUUCCUGCCCUUUCUUUACCUGAGACGAGCGCUAUUCGUCGCUCGGUCCCGGCCGAGAUCGAUCUCCAGUCGCUCGUCUCGGGCGACGAAGACUCUGUCGAUCGGAUUGUUAGAUCGGCGAAGAACUUCGGCGUCUUCCGGAUUGUCGGGCACGGGAUUUCGGUCGCCGACCUGCGAUCGUUGAUAGGAGGAGGUGAGCGAGUUUUGGGACAAUCGGAGAGAGAAAGCGCUGGUGAAGUGAGGAGGGUUUUCAGAGAAAGAAUAUUGUGGAUCGGUUCCGGGAUUGAGAGUUUGGAAUCGGUUAGACGAUUUGUCGGGGAUAUUGAGAGAUAUCGGGAUCUGAGGUAA